AUGACUUUCCAAUCGGCCUUAUUACCGCUACUGGUAUUUGGAGUGCUGUCCAGCUUGGUGCGAGGUGCCCCCCUUUCUGGCAGGCAGAACGGCACGUUAGACCGACACUGGGGGAGCCUCUACUCGCGCUCCUUGGCUCGGAUCCACGGGGAAAAAAGAGACACCAACCGAGACACUGACUAUCUUACUGGAAUCAAAAGGUUGCGGCGUCUUUACUGUAAUGUGGGUAUUGGAUUUCAUAUACAAGUCCUACCGGACGGAAGAAUCACUGGAGUCCACAACGAAAAUCGAUACAGUAUUCUGGAAAUUUCUCCAGUGGAAAGAGGAGUGGUCACCCUAUUUGGUGUCCGUAGCCGUCUAUUCGUGGCCAUGAACCUCAAAGGGAAGCUGUAUGGAUCUGGUCAUUUCAACGACGAGUGCAAGUUCAAAGAAAAGCUCCUGGCAAAUAAUUAUAACGCCUACGAGUCGACGGCGUAUCCGGGGAUGUACAUAGGCCUGAGCAAAGUGGGCAAGACGAAGAAAGGGAACCGCAUCUCACCGGCGACAACAGUCACACAUUUUCUGCCAAGAAUAUGAGCAAAUCAU